GCAGUUGCAUCAGAUUCUGAGAAGCUGUGGCAGCGGGAGCGGUGGGGAUUCCUAGGAUGGCAGGUUCCUCGGGGGAGCAGGCUCCUGACUACAGGUCCAUCCUGAGCAUUAGAGACGAGGCAGCCAGGGUGCGGGCCCUGGACGAGCACCUGAGCACGCGUAGCUACGUGCAGGGCUACUCCCUGUCCCGGGCAGACGUGGAUGUGUUCAGGCAGCUCCCGGCCCCUCCUGCAGACACACGUCUCUUCCACGUGGCCCGCUGGUUCAGGCACGUAGAAGCCGUCCUGGGCAGCCCCCGCGGCGGAGGCCAGCCUGGUGGGCUCCAAGCAAGCAGAAGCCGGCGAGUGCAGCCCCCGUGGUCCCCCCCGGCGGGGUCCGAGCCCUGCGAGCUGCGCCUGUACAACAGCCUCACCCGCAAUAAGGACGUGUUUGUUCCUCAAAACGGGAGACGAGUGACGUGGUAUUGCUGUGGGCCCACCGUCUACGACGCGUCUCACAUGGGACAUGCCAGGUCCUACAUCUCCUUCGACAUCUUGAGAAGGGUGCUGAGGGAUUACUUCAAGUUCGACGUGUUUUAUUGCAUGAACAUCACAGACAUCGACGACAAGAUCAUCAGAAGGGCCCGGCAGAGCUACCUGUUCGAGCAGUACCGGGGGAAGCAGCCCCGCCCGGCCCAGCUCCUGGAGGACGUGCGCGCCGCCCUGCAGCCCUUCUCCGUGAAGCUCAGUGAGACCUCGGACCCCGACAAGAAGCAGAUGCUGGAGCGCAUCCAGCAGGCGGUGCAGCUCGCCGCGGAGCCGCUGGAGAAGGCCCUGCGGUCUGGCCUCCCCGCCGAGGAUGUGGACCGCCACGCCCAGGUGCUGUUGGAGGAAGCGAAGGAUUUGCUCUCUGACUGGCUGGACUGCACCCUGGGCAGCGAGGUGACCAGCAAUGCCAUCUUCUCCGAGCUGCCGCAGUUCUGGGAGCGGGAGUUCCACAGAGACAUGGAGGCCCUGAACGUGCUCCCUCCUGACGUCCUCACCCGGGUCAGCGAGUACGUGCCGGAGAUCGUGAGCUUCGUCCAGAAGAUUGUGGACAACGGCUACGGCUACGUUUCGAACGGGUCCGUCUACUUCGAUACGGUGAAGUUUGCCUCCAGCAAGGGACACUCCUACGGGAAGCUGGUGCCUGAGGCCGUGGGGGAUCAGAAAGCCCUGCACGAGGGGGAAGGCGACCUGAGCGUCUCGGCAGAACGCCUGAACGAGAAGCGGUCCCCCAACGACUUCGCCCUGUGGAAAGCCUCCAAGGCCGGGGAGCCCUCCUGGCCGUGCCCGUGGGGCAAGGGACGUCCGGGGUGGCACAUCGAAUGCUCUGCCAUGGCGGGCACCCUCCUGGGAGCCUCGAUGGAUCUGCACGGAGGGGGCUUCGACCUCCGCUUCCCCCACCACGACAACGAGCUGGCGCAGUCGGAGGCCUACUUUGAAAACGACUGCUGGGUGCGAUACUUCCUGCACACGGGCCACCUGACGAUCUCGGGCUGCAAAAUGUCCAAGUCGCUCAAAAACUUCAUCACCAUCAAAGACGCCUUAAAGAAGCACUCGGCGAGGCAGCUGCGCUUGGCCUUCCUCCUGCACUCGUGGAAGGACACGCUGGACUACUCGAGCAACACCAUGGACUCGGCCCUGCAGUACGAGAAGUUCAUGAACGAAUUUUUCUUGAACGUGAAAGACAUCCUUCGUUCUCCUGUUGAUGUCACCGGCCAGUUCGAAAAGUGGGAGGAGGAGGAAAUCGAGCUGAACGAGAGUUUCUACGGCAGGAAGACAGCGGUGCACGAAGCCCUCUGUGACAGUGUGGACACGCGCACGGCCAUGGAAGAGAUGCGGGCCCUGGUCAGCCAGUGCAACCUGUACAUGGCCAACCGGAAGUCUGCGCGGAGGAGGCCCAACCGCGCUCUGCUGGAGAGCAUCGCUCGGUACCUCACCCACAUGCUGAAGAUUUUCGGGGCCAUCGAGGAGGAAAGUUCCCUGGGGUUCCCUGUCGGAGGACCUGGAAGCAGCCUAAAUCUCGAGGGCACAGUCAUGCCGUACCUCCAGGCGCUGUCGGAGUUCAGGGAAGGCGUGCGGAAGAUCGCCCGCGACAAGAAAGUCCCCGAGGUCCUGCAGCUGAGUGACGCCCUGCGGGACGACAUCCUUCCUGAGCUCGGAGUGCGGCUCGAGGACCACGAGGGACUGCCGACCGUGGUCAAGCUGGUGGACAGAGAAACCUUACUGAGAGAGAGAGAAGAGAAGAAAAGGGUCGAGGAGGAGAGGAGGAGGAAGAGAGAGGAAGCUACCAGGAAAAGGCAGGAACAAGAGGCGGCCAGGCUGGCCAAGAUGAAGGUGCCGCCCCGUGAGAUGUUUUUAUCGGAAAGCGACAAGUAUUCCCGGUUUGAUGAAAACGGCCUGCCCACCCACGACACGGAAGGCAAGGAGCUGAGCAAAGGACAAGCCAAGAAGCUGAAGAAGCUCUUCGAAGCCCAGGAGAAGCUGCACACGGAGUAUCUGCAGAUGGUCCAGAACGGAGGCGCCCAGUGACCGGGGCCCGCGUGCUCCUCCGGCCGCGGCUCUGCUUUCCCUGCGCCAGCCGCGGCGGUGCCCGCCCUGCGCCUGUGCACAGUGGCCCUCGGCCCGCGCGCUGUUCACGGGGCCAGGCCUCACCGGCCCCGAGGCGUCAGAAAUAAAGUCUUCCCCACACAGUGAGGCACCGCGCUCCGCAGCUCCUGCCUGCCCUGGCUGCUCGCCCAGCAGGCCUCCCUGGGGGCCUGGUCAGCCGUGCGGCCCCUGCCCACCGAGGGUUCCCUGUGCAGACUGCUGUCGGCCCACCUCUGGCGUGGGCGCACCCGGAGGCUCGGCAGAGAAGAGGCAGCUUAGACGGCCGGACUCCCCACCCCCGGGCCCCACACACAGGCUGCCCAGUUGGCUCCGGCUCUGCUGAGCAGGCACGCUCGGCCGGCUACCGCCACCCUGCCUUGGCUGCCCCGGUGCACUUGGGGGGGUCACACAGCAGGGCAGCCGUCACCAGGCCCUCACCACCCUGCUCCACACUCGCGCUCACUGGGGCUAAGAAUCACCCCCUGACCUCGAGCGGCACUCAGGA